AUGCAGACCUACCAGAUCCAUCGAGGGGCUGGCCUGGGAUUCCUUCUCCAAGCUCUGGUGCCGCUCCUGGAAACUGCUGCUCUCUUCGCUGCAUCCCUUGGGCUCGACUGGGUUUUGGGGUCCCCGUACAAUGCCUGGGUCUCCACAGUAAUCAGUCUCCCGCUGCUGGCCUUUGCCUUCCACUGGCUGAACGGUGACCACUCCACCGCCAACGUCCUCUUGGGAGGGGUGCUGCUGCUGGCCGCCAGCUCGGACUACUUGACGGAAGAAGGCAAGGACGUGGCGGCCCAUUCCGUCCUGAUGGUAGCCUCCGUCACCAUCCUGAUCGUGUCGAUCUUUACCGGGAACGCCUAUGGGAUCGCGGGCAGCCUUCUGGCCGGCAUAGCCGGCCUGCUGGCAGCUACCCGGCUGCUGCGGCUGCUGAUGCUGCGGAAGAGGGAUGUCCUUCGUUGCCUGAUGGCUGCAGCCAACCUGAGUUGGCGGUGGGCUCUGCAAUUGCAGCACCAAGUACUGGAGUGGGGGUCUGCGGGACUACUGGCAGAGACAGCUGACUGA